GACCCACAGCCAGAGAUCGAAGAAAAACAAACAGUCCAACGACACGCCAGCCCCCUCGCGAAAGAAAACGGGGAAGAGAAAAAACAAAGAAGCGCACACACACACACAGACGCCCAAAGCGGGCAAGCAGCGGGCAAGCAGCGGGCAAGCGAGGCCACCACCACCCAGCUUGCGCAGCGCAGGCACGCAGGCAAGGCAAGGCAGCAGCACGGCAUGGGCGCAACACUAAAAAGAAGGAGCGAGGAGCGCCCUCUCUCUCUCUCUCUCCUCCGCUCCUCUUUCUCUUCUUCCCCUUCCGUGCGGAAAGAGUGGGCGCUUUCGUCGUGGGUGGGAUGAUGGAGGACUUCGAAGGGGGCCGCGGGGCGGUGCGGGAGCUGGUGCUGAUGCAGCAGGAGCGGCGGCGGCGGCGGGAGGAGGAGGAGGACGAGCUGCGGCGCCAGAUGUUCGGCCCCGUCGUCGGCGGGGCGGCGGCGUUCCACUCCGCGUCAGCGCUGGCCCAGCACCACCACCAGCAGCAGCAGCAGCAGGCGGCGGCGGCCGACUGCGGGGAGCUGGGUGGCGGGUUCUACGAGAGCGAGGCGGGCGGGUCGUCGGAGCCCGAGCCGCACUCGUCCGAGCGGCCCCGCGGGGGCUCCGGCAGCAAGCGCACCCGCGCCGCCGAGGUGCACAACCUCUCCGAAAAGAGGAGAAGGAGCAGGAUCAACGAGAAGAUGAAGGCGUUGCAGAGCCUGAUACCGAAUUCCAACAAGACCGACAAGGCGUCCAUGCUUGACGAGGCCAUUGAGUACCUGAAGCAGCUGCAGCUCCAAGUGCAGAUGUUGUCUAUGAGAAAUGGGGUUUACUUGAACCCAUCUUAUUUAUCUGGAGCACUUGAGCCUAUGCAAGCAUCGCAAAUGUUCGCAGCACUCGGCGUUGGUGGCAGAAAUGUGACAGCAGCAAACCCCGGGGGAGUAGUGCCACCUGUAAACCAAAAUACAGGAGCUCACCACUCAUUUGAUCCAAUGAAUUCCCCUCCACAAAAUCAGCAACCACCUCUAGUGUUGCCAAGCUGUCCUAACGCAACCAUCCCAGAGCCUUCGUUUCACUUGGGGACGUCACAGUCCCACCUUCGACCAUUUCAAUUGCCUGAGUCCUCUGAGAUGGUAUUUCGAGGGGAGAUAAUGCCAAAGCAUCAAAUAACAUUAGCUCAAGAUAGAGCUAAUCUGCCAGGAAACAAGAUGGACUCCGUCAGGCAAGAACCUCCCAUGUCGAACACUGAUCAUUUUGAUGGAUGCUCACGCAGCAAAGAGCACCCACAGGAUAUUAUACCAACUAAUACAAGACAUGCGUAGCUUAGGAAGUGGUUUAACACUCAAGUCAGUGCGAAGGACGGAUGACGUGACGUAGCUCAGUAAUCUAACUGACAGGCAGGAUCUCUGAAUCGUUGACCUCCAUUACUGCUAUAGCACUGUUAUUCUUGAAGCGGCCUGAUCGCUUCACUUACUAGCUAGUAGGGCAGGCACUGUUACCAGAGAACCAUGUAAUCAUGUCACCGAUUGCUCCUUUUCUAGUCCGUUGGAAAGGCUAGCUGGUAAAACGAGACUAGCCUGUUGUUGUAUGUUUUAAAGGAGAGCAGCACAAGCCAUGCUGCUGCUUGUAACUUGAACUUGCAAGUUGUAAGCAACAACCCUCUUCGAUGUCAUAAGAGCUAGCACAAGAUGCGUCGAGCUCUUCGAUUUUUCCAGAGGAGAAAUGGAAAUUGUUGUGGAA